AUGGAGACACACUCCUUGAUCGAGCCCAACUCAUGGGUCACAUUGCGGCUGCCCAAUGGGACCAACCGUCUGCUGCAGAUCAUUCCCAACAUGAUGAUCUCGCUUGGCAGAUAUGGCUCCUUCCCAAGCAAUCUCUUGAUACACCGCCCCUACCAUCUCACCUAUGAGCUCAAUGAGAAGAGCCCGUCCAGCGACACCUUCACACGCUUGCGCGUCGUCCCCGCCAUCGAGCUCCACGCCGACGUCCUCGCAGAAGAAGAGGCAGCAGCCUCAUCCUCGUCUCGCCCAGACAGCGCAGCCCCUGAAGAGUCUAUAAUAUCUGCUACCGACGGCAUAGAGUACAGUCUGGUCGACAACGAGACUGGCGCUGUGGUGGUGCGGUCCAACCGUGAGAUCAUCGACGACAACGCCCGACAGACCUUGACGUGGCAGGAAAUCGAGGCUUUAAAACGCGAUGGCACAGAUUCGGGCAAGGAUUUGAUUGCAAAGCUCAUGCUGUCGCAUACUGGCAUGGACCAAAAGACGACGUUCAGCAUGGCCAAAUACAAGUUGCUGAAGGAGGAAGAAGUUCCUGCGCAGGUUCACGGUGCUGCCGCUGGACGUGAGCAAUUUCGGGAGCUACGCGCUUGGACGACGGGUGGCCUCCUGGUCGCUGCGCUGGCUGAGAGGAUGGGAGUUCUGUACCCGAAAACGACCGAAGAGAACGAGGCCAACGGUUUACUACAAACACACGACGCUGUCCAGAAACCGGUUCCCGCACCCAAGAAAUCCGAAGCCGAAGACAGUGUCAUGGCGAACACACAGGAGGUACCUCAGCCAGAAUUGGCACCUGCUGUCAAACGAGAUCACGACGGGAAACCAAAGGAUGACGACCAACCCAAGCCCCCGGAUGGCGCAGAGAAGCCUAAGAAGCGUCCAAUACAGCGAAAACCCGAUUUUCACAUCCCCUUUGCCACCACCAAUACCAUGACCCUGGUUCACACCAAUGGGCAACCCAAUCUCACAGCCCUCAACUACUGGGGCUAUGACAGCACGAAUCCCAACCACCCACCCCAUCCUCUCCUCAACCAUCUGCUGCCCCUUAGCUGGCUCCAACUCAUCGAGCCCGAACUCGACACCGUCUACGCCACUGAACCCGUCAUUAAGACUGCCGAGGAGGUGGCAUCGUGGAAGGCCAACCGGCGGGGGAAUUACCACCGUAAGCGGAGAAGGUGGGCCCGCACGCGGUACAUCGCCGACACGGCGCACGCAGGCGACUUCAGCGGGCUAGUGGUGGCCAGCGUCAUGGACCCCAUCUCGGUGCUGCGGCCCCUACUACCCCUAGUGGCCAGCGGUGCGCCAGUGGCCAUCUACAGCCCGCACGUGGAGCCCCUAGCGCAGCUGGCCGACUGCUUCAGCGUGGCGCGGCGGGUGGCGUUCAACGCGCAGCCGGACGUCGUGGGCGGCCGGACGGCAGAGGAGCUGGAGCGGUGGGAGGGCACGGACGACUUCCCGCUCAACCCGACGCUGCUGCUCGGCGUGCAGCUGCACACGAGCCGCGGCCGCAGGUGGCAGGUCCUCCCCGGGCGGACGCACCCCGUCAUGACGGCCAAGGGUGGCGCCGAGGGCUACGUGCUCACGGGGUGGAAGGCGAGGCCGGCCGAGGGCAAGAUCGCCGCCCGGGGCAAGUUCCAGAAGAAGGGGAGGUCUGCGGGCAUCGGCACAGCCGAGGGCACGCCCGCCGCCGAGACGGCGACUGCGACCCCAGCGAGCGUGGAGGCCUAG